AUGAUGGCUUCCCCGGAGAACUGCACCAGACCACAAACCCAGGAAAGUACUUGCCUUCACGAAUCGACUGAGCGUCCUUCACUUGACACCAACCCAGAUGAUUUCUCCUCCUCCCUGAGCCAGACCGAUAUCCCGGCCCUCGAGAAGAACUUAAAACAUCUACUGGCCUAUCCCACCUCUUUUGACGAUGUCCUCAACCCUCAUAUGCACGCGGCGAUUAUGUUUAUCAUGGACCACAUCAUACCAUGUGCUGGACAGGUCGUGCCCCCUGACUCCAUGCAAGGCGAUGUAAUGCGCGUACUUUCUCGCUUUGGGAGGGAAUGGCCUCUUUCGGGACGAAGACGUGUAGGUGACUAUUCUGAGGACAAGAAACAUCCGACGUUGGGUUUGAAGAGGGAUAGUGAGAUUAGUGAGUUGGAUCUUAAUGACGAAGGGGCGCCGGAAGUUUCUGGGGGUUCUCAGACAUCUCAGGCGGGAAGGAGCUCGAAUAGAGCAGAAACCCGUAAUUUCGAAGAAAUACGGCAAGAUGAAAACUCAGGUGGUAGUAUCCAGAGUUCUUCUGAGGCCGUUGACGGCACGGCAGGGGAAUCACAUACAGAAGCAUCACAUACAGAAGCAUCACAUACAGAAGCAUCACAUACAGAAGCAUCACAUACGCAAGCAUCAGUCAACCAAAUCGAUAAAAAGUAUGGGAACUAUCAGCCACCGACUGUCGAAACCAUUCAGGAUGAGGCUUUCAACAAGCUUGUGUGGUAA